CAACAAUCGCAGCAGCGAACGCCUCACCCUCCACCUGCUCCCCCAAAGAUACCCCCAAGGAAAAAAAGAAAGAGGCACAAAGAAAAACCAAGCAAAAUGGCGCCUAGCAAAAAAUCCACCACCACUCCCGCCGCCGCCACGAGCACCGCGCUCAGCACCGCGUCCGCGUCCCCCUACAGCCUGGACCACGCGCAAGCGCUGCGGGCCGCCAAAGCGCUGAGCGCGCACGUCAAGAAGAGCGCCGUGGCGGCGCAGGCCGCGUCGGGGAAGAAGGACCUGCUUGCCGACGACGACGACGACUCGUCCGAGACCGAGGAGACUGCUGCGGCGGGAGAGACGCCCGUCUGGCUCAUCCUCACGACCAAGAAGCACAUUGUCGACAAGAAGCGCUUGAAGCCGGCCAAGAUUGCGCUGCCGCAUAGCCUCUCGCAGCCCACGGCCCGGAUAUGCCUUAUCACCGCCGACCCGCAGCGCGCGUACAAGGACCUCAUUGCCGCGCCCGGCUUCCCCGCCGACCUGGGCCAGCGCAUCGAGCGCGUCAUCGGCAUCUCCAAGCUCAAGGCCAAGUACAAGACGUACGAGGCGCGCCGCCAGCUGUACGCCGAGUACGACACGUUCCUGGCCGACGACCGGGUGAUUACCUUCCUGCCCGCCGUGCUGGGCAAGGUCUUCUACAAGAGCAGCGCCAAGCGGCCCGUCCCCGUGCACCUCAUGGGCAACGAGAAGGUGCAAAAGGACGCGUCGGGCAAGAAGGCCAAGAAGAGCGGCAGCAGCGGCGCUGAGGACAAGGGCUCCGCCAUUGUCGGCUCCCCCGAAGCUGUGGCCAAGGACAUCCAAAAGGCGCUGGACAGCGCGCUGGUGCACCUCAGCCCGUCGGCCACGACGGCCAUCCGCAUUGCGCAGGCGUCGUGGGCCCCCGAGAAAAUCACGGCCAACCUCGAGGCCGUCGUCGCGGCCCUCACGUCCCAGGAGAAGCUCGUCUCCAAGGGCUGGCGCAACGUCCGCUCCCUGCACAUCAAGGGCCCGGACACGACGGCGCUGCCCGUCUGGCUGGCCGACGAGCUGUGGGUCGACGAGGAGGAGGUCCUGGACGAGAAGUUCAAGCCCGUUGAUAAGGCCGAGAGGCUGAAGCUCAAGGAGGGCGCCGAGGACGGCCCCAAGAAGAGCAAGAAGAGGAAGUCGCUUGAUGGUGCUGCUGAUGAGGAGAAGGAUAAUGCCGCCGAGGAGGUCAAGCCCGCCAAGAAGAGCAGGAAGGAGGGCAAGAAGGCGCAGCAGCAGGGCGGCGAUGACUUGGGCAAGGAGAUUGCGCUGAGGAAGGAGAAGCUGAGGAAGCAGAAGGCGGCGGCUAAGGCCGAGGCUUGAGCGCCUUGCGACGGCUGUUGCUUUCGUCGCCUUGUCUUCUUCUUCGUCUUCUUCUUGUGGUAUAGAACUUCCGGGGCUGUUGCGUUUGGGCGCGGUGACUAGGUAUGUACCAUGUCGGGCAAAAAAUCAAGGCGUUCGGGGCGUCAAGAGUAGGUAGAUAGGUAUGAGCAUAGGAAACUUUUAUCUACGCACGUAUGUAUGGCUUGUUGGG